GACAGAGACAGGAAGAGAGGGUUCAGUUGGGCUUGGUUUUCUGAAGCAGGCAGCUUUGGGGGUUUGGUGCAUGUGAGUGUGUGUGUGUGUGUGUGUGUGUGUGUGUGUGUUGUUUUCUUUCUCACAGGGAGGCCAAGCCUCCACUGGAUAAUAAAAGAACUCAGGGUCCAGGCCAAGCCGGGGGAGCAGGGCCGGUGUGGGGACAGGGCAGCCGUGGGCAGGAGCGCGAGGAGGAAGGAAGGGAGAGGGGGGAAGAUUGGAGGUGAGGGGGUGUCUGCGGGCGGGAGCACGGGCGGUGGGAGGAAGCCGAGCAGCUGUGGUAUUUGGAGCAAGUAUAAAUAGCCGCCUGGACAGAGAUCGGCCAAGCAGGGGUUUGCCGCUGCAGGGCUCGGGGGCAGGCCUGUCCGCCCGCGGCUGGCCACGGCAGCACAUCCCGGGUGCAGAGCAAGGCGGGGGGCAGGCGGAGCGCUGGGGGGGCUCUGAGCCUGCAGCCCUCGCCCUUGCCGCUUCUCCUGAUGCUCUCCCGGCUGGCCAUGCUGCUGGGUGGCCUCCUCCUCGUCGUGGCCGCCGUGACCGUGGCCCAGCGGAGGGGGCAGGAGGCAGGCGGGCGCCGCCGGGCACACCGUGUCCAGCACGGCCAGUGUAGCUACACCUUCGUGCUGCCCGAGCCGGAGCCCUGCCCGCCGGAGCCGGAGCCUUUCGGGGGCUCCAACAGCCUCCAGAGGGACUCGCCAGCUGCCACCCUGAACCUAGGGGACUGGCCUGCCCAGCGAGUGCGACAGCUGGAGAAGGUGCUGGAGAACAACACUCAGUGGUUGCAGAAGCUAGAAAGGUACAUCCAGAUGAACUUGAGGUCAGAGCUGGCCCAAGUCCAACAGCACAUGGUCCAGAACCAGACGGCCACCAUGCUGGAGCUAGGCACCAGCCUCUUGAACCAGACCACCGCCCAAACCCGCAAGCUGACUGACGUGGAGGCUCAGGUCCUGAACCAGACAUCCCGAAUGGAGAUCCAGCUACUGGAGACCUCACUGUCCACCAACAAGCUGGAGAAACAGCUACUCUUGCAGGGCCACGAGCUCCACAGGCUGCACGGCCGCAACAGCGCGCUGGAGACGCGGGUGCAGGCCCUGGAGACACAGCAGCAGGCGGAGCUGGCUUCCCUCCGGGGCGAGAAGGAGCGGCUGCGGCGUCUGCUGGGGCGCCAGAGCGGCGCCCUCGCGGGCCUGGAGCGCAGCCUGCGCGCCGCCAGCGGCAACUCCAGUCUCCUGCAGCGGCAGCAGCGGCAGCUGCUGGAAUCCGUACAGCGCCUGGUGCGCGUCGUGGCCCAGGGCCCGGCCUCUGUGAGGGCCGCUGAGCACGUGUUCCAGGACUGUGCAGAGAUCCAGCGCUUCGGGGCCAAUGCCAGCGGCAUCUACACCAUCCAUGUGGCCAAUAUGACGGAGCCCAGGAAGGUGUUCUGUGACAUGGAGGCCAAUGGAGGUGGGUGGACUCUCAUCCAGCGCCGUGAGAAUGGCAGCGUGAAUUUCCAGCGGAACUGGAGAGAUUACAAACAGGGCUUCGGUGACCUGGUGGGGGAGCACUGGCUGGGCAAUGAGGUGGUGCACCAGCUCACCAGCAGGACAGCCUAUUCUCUGCGCGUGGAGCUGCAAGACUGGGAGGGCAACGAGGCCUAUGCCCAGUAUGAGCAUUUCCAGCUGGGCAGUGAGGGGCAGCUGUACAGGCUUUCUCUGAGCGGGUACAGCGGGUCAGCAGGGCGCCAGAGCAGCCUGGUCUUGCAGGGCACCAACUUCAGCACCCGUGAUGCAGACAAUGACAACUGCCUCUGCAAGUGUGCCCAGAUGCUAUCUGGAGGAUGGUGGUUUGACGCCUGCGGCCUCUCGAAUCUCAACGGCAUCUACUACCCAGCUCGCCACCACGUGCGCAAGCUCAACGGCAUUCGCUGGCACUACUUCCAGGGCCCCAGCUACUCGCUGCGGGCCACUCGCAUGAUGCUGCGCCCCGUGGGCAUCUGAGAAGCAGAUGCGCCUGGAGGUUGGACCCAGAGGAAGAGAUGGGACUGGGCAUCUCCUGGGAAAGCUGGACUCCAAACAUGGGACAGAGCGCUGGGCGUUGUCCCGGGUCCCCUGGGUCCCCAGGGGGGACAAGCCCAGCGCUCCUUGCCCAAAGUCAGAGGGUUCACAGCCUCCCUGUUCCCCUCCAGUUGAGAAAUGGUGGGUCAUGGGGAGAUCCUGCCUCUAUAGUGCCCCUCUGUCCUCUUCCUUUCUGUCUCCUACACGGGUCCCCUGCCAGCUUGAGGGUCACAACACACUGAAUGAGCUGAGAACAGAAUUCUUUUAGGUGUUCGAAGAAAUACAUGACUAACAGUCCACUCCUCCGAGGCCUCAGCAUCUGGAGCUCUGACCUGGUCUCUUGGAGGCGUCAGAAGAUCUAACAAGGAUUUCUUUACCCCCAACAUGUCCUAGAAUAUGUUCUGGAGAGAAAGAUAACUCAGGCUCCCCUCAAAAAUUACCUAUGGUCAAGUGAGGGAAGGAAACACCUGGUUAAAUCAAUAUGAACGGGCAUUCUUAGUUGCAGGACUUGUCAGAGACUUUAGAGAGGUCAUAUGCCUUUGUUUAAAGUGGGCAGCUUUCUCCAAGUGUCCUUAUUUGAAAACAGGUCCUCUUUAUCCCAGAACAUCUAAGAUGCCCUUGGAAAAAGUUGGUCAAGUGUGACCAGAAGGAGCCGCUUCUCCCCACCCCCAUCUGCACUCACCCUUUCUAACUACAAGAGACAGAGUGACGAUCUCAAACAGCCUCUAAAAACAACUGGAAGAAGCUUUGGUUUAAAGAAGACACAUGCCACCCCUGAAGAAGGGUCUAGAACUAAGUUUCCAGUCUGUGCUUUGGGCUGGGGUCCUGCUAGGUUCCUUCUGGCCCUAAGAAGCCAGAUCUCUGCCUGGAGGCUACCCUGCGAUCCUAGCUCACCUCAGCUCAAGUUCAGGAACUGUUAGGGACUAUCCACUCUGCCUUGGGCAGGACGCCAGUCUUCAUGUCCAGAACCUUCCAGCCUCCAAGCCAGGACCCUAGCCCUCUCCUCCCACCUGAUCCAACAGUCAUGCUACAGCUGGGGGUUCGAGGGAGGUAGGUGUGGGGGGCAGAGCCGGCCUUGGCCUGGGUCUGGAAGAUCAGGGGCUCCCCAUGAGCUUCCAUCAGAGGUCAGAGAAGGGCCACAGCCACUCUGCCACCUACUCCCAUCACGGUCACCCUCCUCAGGCCUGAUGAGACCAGCACUGCCCUGCCGUCCUCAGCCAACACCUAGACCAGCCGAGACCAUCCUGCUUUCCCACUAGGGUACGCCUCUGUCUUCGGGAGGGUUUCUCCUGGAUAAGGCUGGAGUGGUGGAAAUGGGUCCCACCUGUCCUUGAGUCUCACCUCAGACAGUCCCCCAAGCAAAGCCAACAGAGAUUAACGCUGAUCUCUUUGAAAAAAACAAAGAGGUGGUUGCCAAUGGUGGCCUUGCGGGCAUGAGGGGGAAAGUACCAAAGGGCAGGGCGCUGCCCAGAAGGCCCACGUGGCCUCGCACACCAUUUGCUGGCCAGGCUUUUAUUUAGCGUCUACUGUGUGCCCGGUCGUGCUGUGGGUGGGGCCCUGGAAUUGGACAGACCUGCUCCAGCUCCUCGACUUGAGGCCCGUGGCUCAGCCUCUCAAGGCCUCAGUUGCCUUGUCUGUGAAAUGGAAAUGACGCUCCCUCCUGGCUGGGCCGUGGCAGGAGGCGAUGAAACUGUAUGUCAGCUUUGUAACAGGGCUCGGCACAAGCAGAUGCCUAAUAAAAUUUAGUUCCCAAAGAGGAAA